AGUGAACGCAGCAAUAUUGUGGCGAAGAAAGAAGAUGGCGGCCUAGCUUGACGACACUCGCAGGAGAUUGUCAUUUUCAGUACCGUUUGUCUCGGCUUCAGUGAAAAGAGGGCUUUUGAAAGUUUCGCUCCUCUUCCAGGAUGGCGGAACAAAGCAGUAACGUCAGAUACCAAGAGCUGGUCAACGAGGAGGAGCCAACACAGAUCUCUUCAGAGGGUCCCACCCAGGAUGCUCCUCCGCCUUACAGCAGUGUGGCUGCGGCAAAUGCAGCCUUCUUUGAAUACAAGGACGAGGGCGGGCAGUUCCCCAACCCUCCGUCCUACAGUGUGGCCACCACCCUGCCCUCCUACGAUGAAGCAGAGAGGAGCAAGGUGGAGUCCACCAUCCCGCUGGUCCCUGGACGAGUCACGGAUGAAGACUUUGUGGCCAGAGACGAGUUUGAAGACGCCGACCAGCUGCGGAUAGGGAACGACGGGAUCUUCAUGCUCACCUUCUUCAUGGCGUUUCUCUUCAACUGGAUUGGCUUCUUCUUGUCGUUCUGCUUGACCACGUCAGCCGCGGGGCGCUAUGGCGCCAUCUCUGGCUUUGGUUUGUCCCUCAUCAAGUGGGUCCUCAUUGUCAGGUUCUCCGCCUACUUCCCUGGCUACUUCGAUGGUCAGUACUGGCUGUGGUGGGUCUUCCUGGCCCUGGGCUUCAUGCUGUUUGUCCGAGGCUUCAUCAACUAUUCCAGAGUCCGUAAACUGGCUGACCCCAGCUACGCCUCCCUCCCCAGAACACGAGUGCUCUUCAUCUACUAGAGGACUCCAGCGGCGGGGGGGCCAUCGCUCGGUCGAUCGAUCGAAUGGCCGGACGGACGGAUGGCUGUGUAGAUGAAGACGUGGCUCAUUGAUCAGGAUUCGUAUCACUUGUUUCAUUAACUGGGGCGACGAUCGCGGCCCCUCGCUGUUUCCAUUAGUGGCCAAUGUUAAUUGCUCUAUCUACAUCUGUGUGUGGCGUAGUCUUCAUGUGAACGUCAUGUGACGGUGACGUCCUAGCAUGCACCGCUCACGUGGUCAGGAAGUCAAGAGGACACUUGACUGAAGCAGCCGACGCAUGCGACUCACUUUAUAUUCCACUUCUCACCUCCUGCUUUCUGUUAUGGACUGAAGAGGACAACUGGGAACAAGCAAAGCCCAACAUCGCACUCACCUGCCGGGCCUGGGCCUGGGCCGGGGGCGGAGCCAGAGGCGGGGUCCCGCUCCGGACGGAAGUCCUCCAACAAGCUUCUUUAAUCGUGCGUCAAAUCCAGGAAACGUGGGCGGGGCUAAGAUGCUGGCUGUCUGGUGAGCGUGUGGAAGAAUGUUUCAGGUGCACUUUUAGAUCCAACAUGUCCUGCCAAGAGCAGCCCAGAGCACGGUGAACUGACCGUCACCGUUAGACUCAGUGGCGGUCAGUUUGUCACUGCGCUGUGAAACUGCUCAUUCGGGUUUUACUGUUGCAAAACUGUACAGGAAAUGUUUAGGUUGAAUAAAUGUAACUUUUAAUCCACCGAUGUUGUG